AUGGGCUCCAGCCCGUACUCCUCCGCCGAGAGGGCCGGUUCGUGGCUCAAGAAGAGCGUGGGGGCCGCGGAGAACGUGGAGAUAUCGCGGUACAACGCGGAGCGCCGCACGAGGAUGUCUCAGGACGAUGCCGGGUUCAGGGGCGGCAACGGCAACGAGCGCCUGUACGAGGCCUACAACGACCUGCACGCGCUCGCCCAGGACUUCGAGAAGCCCUUUGAUGCUCCAGCGAUCCUCGUCGUCGGACACCAGACGGAUGGGAAGUCAGCGCUCGUCGAGGCCCUCAUGGGCUUCCAGUUCAACCACGUCGGAGGCGGCACCAAGACCCGCCGGCCCAUCACGCUGCACAUGAUUUACAAUGGGGCGUGCGUCGAGCCCAAUUGCUACCUCGUGACCGAGGAGCAGGGCGACGUCGACGUCUCGCUCGAGGAGCUCCAGGACUACAUCGAGGCCGAGAACCGCAGGCUCGAGAACGACGGGAACAAGUUCUGGGCCAAGGAGAUCGUAGUGAAGAUUGAGUACAAGUACUGUCCCAACCUGACCAUCAUCGACACCCCGGGGCUCAUCAGCGCGGCGCCGUCCGUGAAGCGCGGGUCCUACCUCGCCACGGCCGCGCGCCAGGUCGAGGCCAUGGUCCGCCAGAAGAUGGAACAGCGCGAGUAUAUCAUUUUGUGUCUCGAGGACAACUCCGACUGGUCGAACGCCACCACGCGGCGCCUCGUGCAGCAGGUGGACCCGAGCCUGCAGCGGACGGUGGUCGUGAGCACGAAGUUCGACACGAGGAUCCCGCAGUUCGCGCGCGGCGCCGACGCGGAGUGCUUCAUCAACCCGUCGCAGCAGCUCCUGGAGGCCAACAUGCUGGGCGGGGCGCCGUUCUACACCUCCGUGCCCUCGGGCCGCGUGGGCGUCGGGCGCGACUCGGUCUUCCGCAGCAACGAGCACUUCCGCACCGCGGUCCUGGACCGCGAGUCGGGCGACGUCGCGGAGAUCGAGCGCCGCAUGGGGCGGCACCUGGCGGCCACGGAGCGUGCGCGCGUGGGCGUCUCGCAGCUCCGGCGCUUCCUCGAGCACCUCCUGCAGCGCCGCUACCUCGAGAACGUCCCCUCGAUCGUCCCCGUCCUCGAGAAGGAGUACCGCUCCGCGUCGGCCAAGCUGACUCAGGUCAAGGACGAGCUGCACGACCUGCAGGCCGACAAGCUCAAGGAGCGCGGCCGGCGGUUCCGCGAGGCGUUCCUCGACAAGCUGUCGCUGCUGCUGCGCGGCGCGGUGUCCGCGGCGCCCGAGCGGUUCGGCGAGGCGCUGGCCGACGAGCACAUCCGCGGCGGGGCGUUCAUCGGGCCGGACGGCAAGUCGCUCGAGGUGGGCGACGAGCUGCCGAACGCGUACAUGCGGCUGUUCGGCGGGGCGCAGUACCACCGCGCGAUGGCGGAGUUCCGGCUCGCGGUCGGGCAGCUGCAGUGCCCCGACAUCUCGCGCGAGGAGAUCGUCAACGCGUGCGGCAUCGACGACUUCCACGACGGCGUGAACUACACCAGGACCGCGUGCGUCAUCGCGGUCGCCAAGGCCAAGGAGAUCUUCGAGCCGUUCCUGCACCAGCUCGGCUACCGGCUGGCGCACGUGCUGCGGCGCAUGUUGCCCAUCGCCAUGCACCUGCUGCAGAAGGAGAACAAGUUUUUGACGGGGCACGACCUCUUCCUGAAGCGCAUCGGGGCGGCGUACCACGCGUACAUCGACGAGAUCGAGACGGGCGUGCGCGGGAAGUGCCUGGAGGACCUCCAGAGCACCACGCGCUACGUGUCCUGGUCGCUCCACACCAAGUCGCGCUCCACGCUCAAGCAGAUGCUCUCGCGCGUGUCGCUCCCGGGACAGAACGACGCCGCCGGCAACAACAACGGCAACGCCAACAACGCCAACAACGCCAACAACGCCAACGGCCAGCAGGGUUUGUCGGUGAUGGACAUGCUCGAGAACACGCUGUGGAGCCGCCGCCUGGGCCCGCUGAGCGAGGAGAUGGUCGCGGCGCUCGUGUGCCAGAUCUUCGAGGGCAUCCGCGACCACAUCGUCCAGGCCACCGAGCUCAAGUUCAACUGCUUCUUCCUCAUGCCCAUCAUCGACACCUUCCCCGGCCGCCUGCGCGAGGAGCUCGAGACGGCCUACUCGGAGGACCUCGACAGCGUGUUCGACGUGGCCGCCGUGCGCACCGCGCUCGAGACGCGCCAGGGCUCGCUCGGGGCCGAGCUGGCGCAGGUGGAGCGCUUGCAGCGGAAGUUUGCGUCGAUCCACAGCACGCUCGCGCACAUCGCGCCGAAGGGGGCGCGGGAGGUGCGCGCGGGGGCUGAGGCGGCCGCGGGGCUGGAGACGGCGGCGGGGGACCUGCGCGGCGCGCUGGCGGCGUCGAUGGGGACAGGCGGGGUGCUGGCGGAGGCGACUGCGAGCCUGAACGCGGCGCACGGCGGGCCCGUGGUGACCAAGGGGGCGUCGCGGGCGUCGAUGCGCGCGUCGGCGAACCGCGGGCCGAUGGCCGCGUCUGGCAUGCGCUGA